AUUUAGAGGAAACAGAUUAGUGCAAAUUCAAACGCUGUCUCUGUCCAGGUGCUCUACGCCUCCACCCUUUUCUCCCCUAUUCCCUUCUCGAUUUUCUUUUCGAGAAUUCUUGUAUUUCUGGAUUUGCAUAAACCCUAGGCAACAAAUUCGAAAACUUCACUGCCAAAUUGACAGUUUAAUUUCUUCAAAAAGAAUCAGUGUAGAAUUUGCGAUUAUUGUUAUGUACUAAUUGAGCAGCUUUUUCUAGGCUAGAUCAGUAUCACGUCCGUGCUUAACUAGCGAGGUGGGAGGUAUCAAGAGAGGCAGUACUGAAUUAAAGCUCUACUGUUGUUUUGAGCAGCUAAUGUGAAUUUAGGGGGAAUUCUUUGAUUUGAUGAUUGUAAUUAUAUGGGUUCAGCAGUGCUAAAUUAUCUGCUAAAUCUGUGGCCUUUUUCGGGCCUUAGAGUUGAUGAAGUGACAUUAUCUGAUUGUUUGGUUAGGAGACUUUCACUUCCUCAACACACCCAGCAAUUUGUUUAUGCUAUUAGUGAGCCAGAAAAUGAGGCCAUUGUAUAUAUUCUUGCUGCACAAAAUUUGUCUGAAAGAUCAGCUAGGGAUGCUGAGUAUUUAAUAAGGGAAGUACGACCUGAUGCAGUUGUGGCCUUAGUUGGUCAUAAUACAUUGUCUGAAAUUCAUGAUCAUGAAUUGGUUGACGGUAUGGAUGAUCUCGUUCCAACUUCAGUUUUUAGAGUUUUGAUGAGGUGUUUUAUGGACUAAACAAACAAAGACAAUUAUGAAAAUCUUGCUGGAAACUUGGUUCUGAAAGAGAUAUUCGGUGUUGGCUUCUAUGGGCACUUCUUUGUUGCAAAAAGAUUGGCAGAGGAAAUUGGUUCUUCAUUCUCGGUCAUUGAGUCUCCUUUGAUAAAGACAGCUAGUGCUGACAUUGAUCCUUCUUCUGAGACUAGUAAAUCCAGUAACAUGCUUCAAACUUUGGCAUUGCAGCCAGCUGGCUUGAUUCCUCAAGAUUGGGGUUCAUUAGUUGGUAUUUCCCGAGGACUUAUCUAUAACAGUGAUGUCCAAUCGCAGAUGAUCACAAUGGUUUGUCCAUUCUUAUCCCAAUCAUUGACGAACUCGAGUAUUUUUGGCUCUCCUGAGGAUGAAGGGUCAUGUAUAAUGGAGCCCAGGUGCAAUUAUUCCCCCCCACCAUUUGCCCAAACAGUUUAUCCCUUACUCUUGGAUCUUCAUAAUAUUUUUGCUGACAUUCCAUCUAUGGGUCGUGCUCUGGCAUAUGCACAGAAAAUGUUUCUUGAUGUGGGUAAAGGAGAGGGCAUUGAUGCUGAUCUAUUGUCUGAAGUUUAUACCUUCAGAAUUGCAGUUGAGGGGCUGAGGAUUGCUCUGAAUAACGCUGGUAGACUCUCACUCCAUAAACUAGGUAAAUGUAUGCCAAGCAAGAUUGAUUUUAAUGAGUUAUCGAUUGAGGAUAAAACCCAUUGUCUUCUUGCGCAAACCCUACGCAGUCAGGCAAAGAAGUCUAAGACAGUAGUAGCAGUAGUGGAUGCUAGUAGCUUAACUGGUCUUCGUAAGUUUUGGAACACUCCAAUUCCUGAAGAAGUUAAGGAUAUGGUUGAAGAACUUAUUGUAUGCCAAGACAUAGAUGCAGAAAGCAUCAAUGAUAAAAGGAAACGUCUGUUGUCUGGUAAACCUGUAGUGGCAGUUGCUUCUGGUGCUACUGCGGUUCUGGGGGCAUCUUCCCUUUCUAAAGCUCUCCCUGUGUCAUCUAUUUUAAAAGUUGUUAUGGUUAAUGUUCCAGCAUCUUUAAAACUUUUCCUUACACAAACACAUAAAGCAACUUUAUUUGCACUAACCAAGAUUCUUGGCCCAUCAAAAAUUGUGGGUCCGGGCUUCGCAACUUCUGGGGCUAAAGCAUCUUCUGCACUUAAGGCAGCUGCUUCUGCGGAGAAAAUUCGAGUCAUUACUCAUAGUGUUAUAGCUUCUGCUGAAAAGACUAGCUUCUCAGCUAUGAGAACUACGUUCUAUGAGAUAAUGAGGAAACGACGGGUUCAACCGAUUGGUAGCAGGCCAUGGGCUACCUUUGGCUUUAGUGUAAUGAGCUGUGCGGGAUUGCUUGUUUAUGGUGAUGGAAUUGAAUGUGCUGCUGAAUCUUUCCCUGCAGCGCCUUCCAUCGCCAGCUUGGGCCAUGGUAUCCAAAAUCUGCAGCAAGUGUCACAAUCCAUUGGAAACUCGUGUGGAAAGAAGAUUCAGAAAGCUAUAGAGUCGCUGAUGUACAGGUUUAAAAAUGUGCGGAUCCAGUAAAGAGUACAUACAUAAUCCAACGAAGGGUGGUGGUUUGUAUUGAUGACUGUGGUAUUACUCCCUCCGUUCAUAAUGUUAGUCCUAUCCAGAAUAUUUUGAGUAUCAAAAAUUAGAGGAAAUCUUCUAAAUUUCUCUCUCUAUAUAUAAGAACAAACAUAAUAAAAUGACAUCUAGUUUUAUUCGUCUCGAUGAGUACAUUAAUUAAUAGUGACAUCAUUUUUUGUGGUCUCUAUUGAAAAUGAUGUCAUUAAUUUCUUGUUAAGACUCAGUAAGACUUGUCCAAAUCUAUCACUUUAGCCCUAAGAAGUCUUAAGUUAAGUCUUGGAAUUUCAAGCCUUAACUUGAGACUUGCUUGAGAUUUAAGAUGAAAAAUGGAGGAAGUCUUAAACAUAAGUCUUAAGGCUCAAUAUGAUGAUGUCACCCCAUGUUAGACUUGGAGCUAAACUUGCUCUUAUAUUAAGCUCAUAACCCAUUUAAUUACACUCCUAACAAUCUUUCAAUCCCAUUUUAAGUGAGCUAAAUCAUUUGAGACUCACUUUCUUAAAUAACGUUAAAAAUAUAUGUUUCGAAGUAUUGAAAAACGAAGGAAGUAUUAAUGUAGGAUUGUAGAGAGAGCUAUAAGGGCAUGGUGUCGACAAGAUUUGAUCCUAGGUUCUUGGUAUCAUCCGCCAAGACUUUAACCAAGUUAGUUAGCAUUUAUGGGUUUCAUAGAUGAGCAACUCCAGUGGAAUUUGCAUAGGCUCGCCGUCACAAGAUUACUACUUCAUUCAUUACACUUGCUCAAUAUCAUAAACAUAAGAAUGAUUUGAGGAAGAUGGUCGCUUCACGAGAAUGGAAUGGUUCAAAGUGGUCAAAGCAAGCGAUGGGAAAGAAAGUACAAAACCUCAUUUUGCAAGACACCUUUUGGAGGAAUGUCAUGUAUGCCCUUAAGUUGACGUGGCCUCUUGUUAAAGUUCUUAGAAUUGUUGAUUGAGAGAAAAAGCCACCUAUCGGCUACAUAUAUGAAGCCAUGGAUAGGGCUAAGGAGGCUAUCCAAAAGAGUUUUGGAUAUAGAGAUAAUUAAUUUAGGGAUGCUUUUAAGAAGAUUGAUGAAAGGUGGAAUUGCCAACUUCAUCGACCUUUGCAUGCGGCCGGAUAUUACCUUAAUCCGACAAUUUUCUAUGAUCAACCCAAUGAUGUUUGUUGUGAAGAAAUUGAGACGGGGUUGUAUGAUUGUAUUGGAAGGUUGGUUCCGGGUGUAGAAACUCAAGAUAAGAUUAUGAUGGAGUUAGAUGCAUUAAAAUAUGUCAUCGGACUCUUUGGCCAUUUCAUGGAACUAGCCUCACUUGUAGUGCUACCGAUUGUGAAAGAAAUUGGGGAGUUUUUCAACAUGUAUGUACACUUUAAGUUUUACCUUUAAUAUUAUAAUGAUUAUAAUUCAUAGCAACUUUUGACUAAUAAAGUAAUAAUUCAUUUUUGUCACAACUCCAUACAAAGAAAAGAAAUUGUUUGGCACAAGCUCGAUUAAAUGACAUGGUUUACGUCAAAUAUAAUGGAGCUUUACAACGUCGAUAUGAGAGGCGAAACACCAUUGUUCCCAUUCUUUUGGAAGAUAUCGAUGAAAGUAAUGAAUGGUUAUUUGGGAAAAUGGAUGAAAAUUUGGAAGAAGAUGAACGUGUGUUUGAAGGUGAUGACUUGACAUGUAGUUUGGUCAGUAAAUCCACGGGGGCCAAUGGGGGGCCAAUGAGCUAACCGAUGUUACUAGAGGGGCUUCAAGGGUAAAAAAGGAUGCUCCAUCAUUUUUUAGAGGGAAGGCACCAAUGGUGAUUGAUAGUGGUGAUGAUGAUGAUGAUGAUGAUGAGUGGGAGGAGGGCAUUGUUGAAGAUGUGGAUUAUGAAGACGUUGAAGACUUUGAUGUUGAUUUAGAGACUCUUUAGUGCUUUAGGAGACCAUCCACUAAACUAUGUUUGCUUUUCUUUCUUUCUCUUUUUAUUUAAUUAUGCUGAUUAUGUCUUACUCUAAGUACUUGUCUAAUACUUUUUCGCCUUAAUGAGUUAGCGAUAAUUUUUGUCAAAUUAUGCUUCCCUUUAUGCAUUUAUAAUGGAAGUUAUAUGUUGCUUUAAGUAUAAUAUUAGUUUAGAUAUCAUUUUAGAGGUUUUAGGGUCUUAAUAAGGUGUGCCUCACCUACGAAAGGUACGCACCCGAGCCUAGCCAAGGACCUUUUGCGCCUUGGUGUGCUUCGCGCCUUUUAAAACUAAGAACUUCACAUAAGAUUGGUGUAGUGGUUGCAAGUGAAAAUUUUAGGUUUAGCUAAUUAGUUUUCUUAAAGAAGCAAAACAAUGGUUGAAAACAAAUUAUUUUAUAAAUCCCAAGAGCUAAAGAUUGGAAAUCACACGGACUUUUGGAGAAGAUUUAUUCUAUAAGCCUUUUUUUUCCUUAUUAGUAGCAUUUCCUAUGUGUUUGUUGGGACUUCUUGUUUAGUUUUUUUUCUUUCUUUCUUUAUUUGACUAGUUUUUUCAUUAUGCUAAUAAAUUGAGGUGAAAUUUAAAUAAAUUUGAAUGGUGUUUAGCUUUUGUGAAAGAAAUUGAGUAAUUAUUUGAAAGACCACUCCCAUAGAGAGGUAGUCUAAAGUUUUAAUCGCAAAAUUGUUUAGCAAACUGAUAUUAUCACCCUUUUUUGACCUUUUAAAAGCGGAAUAGUAUGUAGUGUCUGUCUAGUGCUUUAGACCCAUUUGAUUUGGGUGGGCGGUGAUGGCGGUUACAUUUAUGGGUGAUGGUGUCGGCGACUGAGAGAUGGUUCUAGUGUCGGCUAGGUGGUGGUGUCAGCGGCUGGGGCUGGCUAGGCUAUGAUUUUGGAGGUUUUGUGGAAGGAGGGGUUGAGCACGUACACUGGAAAACAGGGUCAAAGUUCUAAAACCGGGUUAAGGUGUUACUUCGCAAAAAAAAUAAAAAAAAACUGGUUUUAGGUGUACUUUCACAAGUAAAUUUUAUAAGGUGUUUUUUCACAGAAAAGGUGUUAAAAAGGUGGUUUUUGACAAUUUGUUUUCUUUUUAUUGUUAAUGCCUCCUUUGUUUCUUGAUUCUUACAGUUUUUUUCACGCUUCACUAACAUAAUUCAUUUUUUAGUAUGCAAGUAGUUUAUACACAGUAUUAAAGUAGGAAUUUUUUGAAUAAUAGUAUUGGUAUGCUACUUUAAGUUUUACAUGUAUGUAUAGUGAAUAACCUAGAAACUUACAAUUGGGAUGGAAGACAUAUAUUGGCUCAAUUGCAGCAUCUUGUGUUUAGUAAGUAGGCAUUAAUCUACUCUUUGCUUACUCCCCUCCCCCCCCCCCCCUCCCCCUCUCAGGUUUGGAGGGGUGGUUGUGUCGCCAAGACACUAAUGGCUGAGCAAAGAGUGCCAUGCUCUCUCCUUGUGUAUAAAAGGUGCGGUACGACCUAAUAGGGUCAAGUGCCUUUGGCUGAGGCAAUGCGAUUUCAAAGUGGCUUACUAAAGUGCAUUAAGGCGAACAAAUGUUAUUUAAAUAAAUUAUAUUUAAGUUGCAUCCCACUUCAAUGAGGCAUAACUAAAGUGUGAAAGGAUCCCUAUCACUUUAGUGUGCCUUAAGUUUUUUUUAUUUUUAAGCGUUGCUCUCACAAAAUUAUUAUUGGCACAUGUUUUUUUUGUAUGUUUUCUCAACACCAAUAAUAAUUCUUCAUUCGAAAUGAUUAAUUGUUUUUAAUAUAUCAGAUUAUUGUUUAGGAAUUGGGGCAACAGACCUAGUUGUUUGUGCUGCUUUAAUUUUUACCCUGUAUGGUGAUUCAAUCAAGUCCUCCUCGUACAAUGAGAACAUGUGCUUCAACUCCCUAUUACCCAGUUCAAACUACUUUCAAUCUAAGAAUUGCUUCUUUUCUUCUUCUGGAUCUUGAGCUGUAAACCAGGAAAAAGGGUUCUUAUGUUCAAUAAAACAGUACAAUGAAAGGCAAAUAUUGCAGUAAACUGAAAAAUCUUUCUGCAAGUUCCUUAUAGACAAAAAAACAGUACUUUGUCCCGCUCUUGCUCUUAAAGAUGACUGUGACAAGUAUCAUCUGUGUUCUAUUGCUCAUCAUAUAUUUCCUGGGCUUGUUUGGGGAUAAUUAGUAAAGUUGUAUUUUCAUUUAAUAUGGACCAUUUGAUUGUGUAAAUUCCAGCUUUCUUUUCCAAAUUAUCUUGAAGUAUUCUUUUGCUGGUCUCACUCUUAUUUUAAUUGUUUUUGUUAAAUUUUUAGUUUUGUCAAAUAAUUUAUUUUUUGAGGGACUGCAUUAUGCUUCUUCCAUAUUUCAAGCUCUUACUAUGCUGUAAAUAAUAUGAUAUCUUCAGUCAGACAAAUUAAACAACUAAGUUGGAAGAACACUUGACGUGGGUGUAUUGGUGUGAUCCUCUUGAACAAUGCAUUAAGGAAUUAUGUUUAGCUGUUUGAUGUGGUUGAGCAAUUCCUUCUAAUUUUAUUCAACAUCUAGUCAUUAUAAGCUUUCCAUUGUAGUAUUUUAAGAAUAUCCGUGUUCCCUGCGGAUAAAGCAUCAGUUAAUCAUCAAGGGAUACCUGGAGUUUGGAUGAUAAACCUUGAUUCUGGUGUUAUGAAACUGAUAAAUUUGAUGAUUUUAUCGUGAGAGGAAUAGCAAGUUUUCAUGUGUCUGAAUUCUGAAAUGAAUAUUUGCAGUUUUGAUGGAUGUUUGGCCAUGUCUUGUCAACUUCUACCAUAAGCUCCUAGAAAUUGUAAUUUUUCUUGUAUUUCCCCAUGCCAUUUACCACACCUUCCAUGUAGUUAACUACUACUAUAUAAUGUUUGUUGCUCUGGCUUGAGUAAUAGGGUAGAGCCAGCGGUAAUGGAGCAGGGGCAGAAAAAGCAAGGUCUCAUGAAAUCCAACGAGAAGAGAAAAAUCAAAGAAUGGGACAUCAAUCUGCUAUACAGUGUAUAACCAAAUUUCCGCCUUAUUACUACUGCUUUAGAGAUGAACCAGUUGAGCUUUGCUGCAAUUUUGUUUUGGGUUCUUUUGUAUUUUUUCUCUGGCUGAAAUGUUGAUGCUAUCUCUUUUGCUGGGUUAUUGAAAAGUAUUCUUUGUCGUAGGUUGUAACCGAUAAAUAUGCAUGUCUCUUCUAUUUUCGUCUCCAUUAAAUUGGGCAUUUCUGAUCCAUUACUCUGGUAUGGUUAAAGGCUCUUCUAUUUUUUCUCAUUUAUUGGUGCUUUACUAUUUGACUUUCA